GCGCCGUCCGGGCUGCCGCUCUGCGCUGCGUGACGGAGCCCGCCUGUGUGCCGGGUUCGGAGCCGCGGAGCGGGGGCUGGCGGGUGGUAGCUCCGCACCACAACGAGAGGCACAGCUUGCUGCUCUGCGUAAAAUGAAACCACCUGAGGGAUGUCCAGCAAGGUGCGAAGCCGUCCUGCUGAAAAUGGAGAGCAUCCCGGGGGGAAGGCGGAAAACGGCACGGGCAGCCCGGCUGGCCCCGGCCUCGGCACCUACACGCCGGAAGAGAUGGUGCAACAGAUGAAAGAGCUCAUCACCGAGAAUAAUGAGUUAAAAGAAGCCAUGAAGUUACAUAACCAAGCUAUGAAGGACCGAUACGAGGAGCUUUCUAUCUGGCGAGAGAAGCAGAAAGAAGAACGUGAAUUUUACGAGUCGAAAUUUAAAGAAGCUAAGCAGUGCUUGGUAGCCAAAUGCAUUGAAAAUGAAGAGCUACAGAAACAACUGCAGAGCUUAAAAGAAAGAGAAGAAGGACCUGAAAUGGAGGCUUGCCUGACUCCUGGGAAGGAAGUGAAGCAGCUGAAAUCCCAGGUGCAGCGGCUCCAGGCUGAGAAAGCAGAUCUGCUUGCCAUCAUUUCGGAACUGCAGGUCAAGCUGAACAACUCAGCAGAGGACUCCUUUGUGGAGAUUGGGAUGAAUGAAGGAGAAAUAAAUAGAGCUGCAAAGGAAAAUCAAGAUAACAGUGGUGAAAUGACCAGUAAUGCAGCUAUCUACAUCAGGAGCAAACCUGCAGAUGAAGCAAAGAAUUUAGAGUCUGAGGAGCUAACUGUGAGCCAGCUGCUCUGCAGCCUUCGAAAUGAAACUCAGAAGAGAGAAAACCUUGAGAAGGAGCUGCAGAAUCACAAGGAGAGACUGUCAAAGCUGAAGAAGGAAGAAGGCAACUGUCUGGAGAGUGGGACUCAAACUGAGAAGGAGAAAGAGGACAGUUCAGAGACCGUUGGCAGUGAAGUAGAAACCCUGAAUUUGCAAGUGUGUGCUCUGUUUAAAGAGCUUCAGGAGGCCCAUGAGAAGUUAAAAGAAGCAGAAUUGAUUCAGAAGAAGCUUCAAGAAAAGUGCCAGGUACUUGAAAAGAAAAGCUCUGUUGCUGCAUCAGAAUUGGAUGAGAAGCAGCAGCUAAUAUACACUACCAAGAAACUUGAACUUCAGGUGGAGAGCAUGCAGGCAGAGGUCAAGCUGGAACAAGCCAAGACACAGGAAGAAAAGGCAAAAUUUAGUAGCCUGCAGGAUGCCUACAACAAACUCCUUUCUGAACUCACUGAGGCAAUGACAACAAUUGAUGAAAUGAAACUCAAAGAGCUGGACCGAGUAGAUAAAGCUGAGCUGGAAGAACUUACUGCAAAGGUGGAACUGGCAGAACAAGCCCUCGCUGCAAAACAGCUCAAAAUGGAUGAAAUGAAGCAGAUAAUUGCGAAGCAGGAGGAGGACCUUGAAACCAUGGCUGUGCUCCGUGCUCAGAUGGAGGUGUAUUGUUCUGAUUUCCAUGCUGAGAGGGCAGCAAGAGAGAAGAUCCAUGAGGAGAAGGAACAGUUGGCCAUCCAGCUAGCAUACCUGCUAAAAGAGCAGCGAAACCUCGAUGAUCUCAGCCGAAACUCUUUGGUGGAGAUGCAGAAUCGCCAUGGAGCCAGGGCAGCAAGAGAUCGGGAACAUUCACCUCACCUUGUCCAAAGAGGAACUGGUAGUCAAGACUGGUCACAGCAGCGGAAUGUCUCAAUAUAUUCAUGUCCCAAAUGUGAAGAAAUUCUACCUGAUUUGGAUACGCUGCAGAUUCAUGUUAUGGACUGCAUUAAUUGAGUUGGUGCCCUCCAAUUCUUCAUAUACUGGAAUUUCACCUGCCAAACAAAUACACAUUUUUUUCCUGCUAGAAUAACAGUCACCUCUACUUCUAGUGCAGAGUUUUUCUAAGAUUUUUCUCAUUAAUUCAAUGGGAAAAGCGUAAUAUUCCCAUGCUGCCCUGUACUCACUAGUCUUCUUUUAAUCUGCUUUAGGAUAAGAAUUUUUAUAGGCUAACUUAGUGGAUGCAUUAAAGAACUCUCAGUGUGUCUGCUGCAGUGAAAACUUCGAGUAAUAUUCCCCUGAUGUGCUCUGCUCUCAUGACUGAGAUGCAAGUGAUGACCUACAGUACUGGGUUGAAUUACUGAAAUCAGACAGGAAAUGGGAUACUGAUCAGUUAAAGUACUGAAGCCCAUACAUCACCUUUUAUAUACUAUUAAUCAGGAAGGUAAAUCAUUAAAAAUGCUGUUCAAGAAGCUUUCAGUAAAAUGGGAUAGCAUUGUACUCAUUGAAAUGAACCCUGUUCUUUCUCCAGAUGACAGUUUUAUUGCUGCCCUUGUGACUAUGUUAAUCUGAUGUUUAAAUUUUUGGUGGCCUGUGUAGCUUCUUGCUUUAGCCAGAUGUCAGCAAGGUUUAAGACGGAUCAUUUAGGUCUGAUAUAUGUAGCUACUGGUGUACUCAAGUCACUUGACUUUAUAGAACUGUUCAUUUUAGGGUGUGGUCUUUAGUCUUCUUUAUUAUAAUAAAUUAAUUUGAACCUGUACAGUAUCAUGCUAGAAAAGGCUGAGAUGGAUGUAACCUAAUUUAAAAAGAGAAGUAUAAUGGACUUUCAUGUCUGAAAAUAAAUCUAUUACAAGUAUAAAA